AUGGAGAACCUUUCAGAGGUGACUGAAUUCCUUCUCGUGGGGUUAACAGAUGCUCUAGAGAUGCAGGUCCCUCUAUUUACAACCUUCACUCUCAUCUGCCUCACUACUCUGGUUGGGAACCUUGGGAUGAUCGUGUUGAUUCUGUUGGACUCUCGACUUCACACGCCCAUGUACUUUUUCCUCAGUAACCUCUCCCUGGUGGAUUGUGUUUAUGCCUCCUCUGUUACUCCUAAAGUAAUGGCGGGGAUUCUCACAGGAGAUAAGAUUAUAUCCUACGAUGCAUGUGCUACCCAGAUGUUCUUCUUUGCAGCCUUUGUCACUGUUGAAAGUUUUCUCCUGGCCUCAAUGGCCUUUGACCGCCACGCGGCCGUGUGCAAACCCCUGCGUUAUACCACCACCAUGACUAGAGCGAUGUGUGCCUCGCUGGUCACCAGCUCCUAUAUCUGUGGACUCUUACAGUCUUCCAUCCAUGUUGCCCUCACUUUCCACCUCUCCUUCUGCCAUUCCAACGUGGUUAAUCACUUUUUCUGUGACAUUCCCCCACUGCUGGCUCUCUCUUGCUCUGAUAUCUACACAAAUGAGAUUGUGCUCUUCACACUGGCAGCGUUCAGCACUUUUUCUGCUCUUUUGGUUAUCUUGGGCUCGUACCUUUUCAUUUUUAUUGCUAUCCUGAGGAUGCGCUCAACUGAGGGACAGAAGAAGGCUUUCUCCACCUGUGCCUCCCACCUCACCACUGUCUCCAUCUUCUACGGGACAGGCACCUUCAUGUACUUACAGCCCAGCUCCAGCCACUCCAUGGGCACAGACAAAAUGGCGUCCGUGUUCUACACCAUGGUCAUCCCCAUGCUGAAUCCACUGGUCUACAGCCUGAGGAACAAAGAGGUCAAGGGUGCCUUUAAAAGGGUGGUUGGGAAAGCAAAAUAUAACAUUGCUUCUGUCUUAAGAUAA